AAUUGGUGCACUGUGCCGCUUCUCACAAAUCGAAUGGCUUCGCUUUCGGCAAGCUUCGUAUCUCCGAUUCAAGUCGUAUCUCGCUCGAGAACUCGGAAUGAACCAAAACGUGCGAAAAAUCUUCCACAGAAAAAGCAUAACAAUAAGCUCAAAUUACGAAGCAAUUCUUUCAAAGCCCUUCCGCAGCCACUGCCUGGCGGUCAAGCCACCACUUACACGCGCCUCCCGCCAAAAGACGACUUUUCUGUUGAAAUUUCAGAAGAAAUCAAGCUCUCAGAUUUUGAUGUAGCCAAGCUCAAUAUUGAGAAUGAUUCUGAAACUGAAAUUGAAAAUCUCCUAAGCGAAGAUGAAGAAGACGAAGAAGAAGAAGAGGAGGAGUUGAAUAAUAGCUUCGGGAUGAAUUACAGAAGACUCGAUAUAUUCGAAGGAACCGGGCAAUACGAUAGUGACGAUGAAGAAUACGACAGCAAAUACGAAGACAGUGGCAAAGUGGUAUAUGUUGAUGAUGAGAAUGGAUAUUACGAAGGCGAAUUGGAUGUGAAAGAGAAGGGAGUUCCUGCCGUUAUGCGAUGCUUUGACCGAGCGAAGAUUUAUGUAAAGGCAGGGGAUGGUGGAAACGGUGUCGUUGCAUUUCGUCGCGAGAAGUAUGUGCCUAUGGGUGGGCCUUCGGGUGGCGACGGAGGGAGAGGCGGGAACGUAUACUUUGAGGUUGAUGAUUCGGUGAAUUCUUUAUUACCGUUUCGUAACAGCGUGCAUUUUCGGGCCGGUAGAGGGUGCCAUGGGCAAGGGCGGAUGCAGUUCGGAGCAAAGGGUCAGGACGUGGUGAUUAAAGUGGCCCCUGGGACGGUUAUUAGAGAGGCUGGAAAGUCAGAGGUGUUAUUGGAGUUAUUGCAACCUGGACAAAAGGCUUUGUUGUUGCCUGGUGGUAGAGGUGGCAGAGGAAAUGCUUCGUUUAAGUCUGGGAUGAAUAAGGAGCCCAGAAUUGCAGAGAACGGGGAAGAAGGUCCCGAAAUGUGGUUGGAGUUGGAACUGAAGCUGGUGGCAGAUGUCGGAAUAGUAGGUGCGCCAAAUGCUGGGAAAAGCACACUCUUGAGUGUAAUAAGUGCUGCUCAGCCAACAAUAGCAAAUUACCCUUUUACCACUUUGCUUCCCAAUCUUGGUGUUGUUUCUUUUGAUUAUGAUUCUACCGUGGUAGUGGCAGAUCUGCCUGGUUUACUAGAAGGAGCCCACCGGGGUUUUGGUCUAGGUCACGAGUUUUUACGGCACACUGAGAGGUGUUCUGCCCUGGUUCAUGUUAUUGAUGGCUCAGGAGAACAACCAGAAUUUGAGUUUGAUGCAGUUCGUCUUGAGCUAGAAUUGUUUAGUCCUGAACUUGCUGAAAAACCUUACGUGGUUGCCUAUAACAAAAUGGACAUUCCGGAAGCAUAUGAAAAAUGGUCUUUGUUUAAGGAAAGGUUACAUGCUCGUGGGAUUGAACCUUUCUGCAUGAGUGCAGUGAAAAGGGAGGGCACCCAUGAAGUAAUUUGUGCAGCUUAUGAACUUUUAAGGAACAGUAAACAAGCCAAUAAAGACUUUGAAGGUCCAGUAAACUUGAACCAUGUAGCUGAUAUGGUACAUAAGCAGAGAAGAGCUGCUAUCAAUGAAUUUGAGAUCUCUCAUGAUAGUAGUUCCAAUACUUGGCAUGUAGUUGGAUCUGGCUUGCAACGUUUUGUUCAGAUGACAAAUUGGCGAUAUAUAGAUUCUGAGAAGAGAUUCCAACAUGUUUUGGAGGCUUGUGGCGUGUACAAAUCCCUUAUGAAGCUUGGUGUAAAAGAGGGAGACACAGUGAUUGUUGGAGAGAUGGAGAUGGUGUGGCAUGACUAUAAUGAGAAUUCCGAUCCUUCAAAGGUGAAGAAGGGAUCAGAACCUUCAAUCAGAUGGCCCCAGUGGAAGUGACAUAUCCGUGUUGUCAAUACUUGUUCAACACCAGUCAUGGCAGAAAGAAAUUUGCAUACAGAGAUCUGAUCUACAGCUGCUGAAGCAUCCAGGAUACAAUGAGUGGUUUUGGGAGGGAUUAUAUAGAGGUUGGUUUAGAAGAGAGACAGCAGAGACAGAUAUAACAUUAGACGUUUAUGUAAUAUGCAGCCAUGUGCCUGUCAAACCUUCACUCAAGGCUGCUCUAUGUAUUCAACAAAUCAUCCUCGAGUUUUUUAUGGUAAAAUCUGAUUCCUUCA